UGGGAACCAGCUGUGGUUGCCUUCCAGGAGCCAUCAGCCUGUUUCUACACACUUCAUAAGAUAUCUGUUUUGGAUUAUUUGGAUUCUAGUUUUAAGAAUAUUAUUCUCCUCAACCACUCUAGACAAUGAAGUAAUUGGGAAAAAAUGGAGUGAAAAAUCUUUGGAAGGGAAUAAGCCCUAAAUGUGGAACAUACAUGAAAGAGAAACUUGUCAUUAAAACUCUAUGAAAAGAAGCUUUGGAAAAAACAAUAGAAUUGCUAAUAGAGCCACAAAGGCAACAUCUGAGAGAAACAAAUUCCACUACAAUCUCUACUAUUACAUUUAUGACUACUGAGUUUGCAUUGGCAGACAUUUAAUUACAUCUGGAGAGCAAGAAUGGGUCUAGAGAAGCCUGAGAAACAUAAACACUACAGGUAAAGACUGGUAAAAAGAAACACAUUUCUGAAGUGCCUGGAAAAGAAAAGCACUGGUCAGUAUCACGUGGACAAGUUCAGUGUUUUCCAAAGAUGCUGUUGAAGUAGUCUUUGCUACUGCUUUUCUUCAAAGUUCUUCAUAACAUGGGCUGCAUGAAAUCAAAGCAAACUUUCCCAUUUCUUACCACAUUUGAGAGUGAGAAGCGACAUGCAAGUGAAGAAAGCUUUAUGUCUGAAGAGCGAUUUCUACCUAGGAUGCCUUCUCCAGUUAAUGUCGAAGAGGAAGUGAAAGAACCACCAGGGCCUGAAAUGGUAGUCUUAGAAUUUGCACACCGCCUAUCCCAGGAAAUCUUGAGUGAUGCCUUGCAGCAGUGGGCAGGCAAUAACAUCAAGUACAAUGACAUCCCAUACAUUGAGAGCGAGGGGCCUUGAUGCCAUAGGAUGAUGAUAACUUUCUUGAAUUGUGGAUAAAGUUGGUGCUAGUUUAAACACAUGAAAUUAUAGCAAAAACUGGUGUGAAUAAAUACAAAUAACUCCAUCUGGAUGUAAAAAAUGUCUGUAAGAGUAUAGGAGUAUCUAAAAUGAAAUGUUAAGCAUUUUUAUGUUAAUAGCAAUUUCUAUCUGCUUGGUCUUGGGAUUUGAGUCAUUUAGAGGGCUAAAUAUAGGUCCUGCACCCCAGUAAUCAGCGGUAUGUCGUACCACUUUCUUCCUGAGGCACUAGUAGUAUCACCAAAGAAAUCAAAUGGUUAUUUUAAAGACACUCCUUUUAAAAUAACUAUUUGUUAAUUUACACACAAACAAGUUAUGAAAAGGAUUUUUCAGAUGCCUUGGCAAGGAAAUGGCACUGAAGCCACAGUAAUUAAUAGUGGGUUGUUUGUCAAAACCAUUUGUGUUAAGGAUCCCUACUUAACACAAAUGAUCAAGCAGUAGAAAGCACCCCUUGUAGAAGUAGUCCAUCUUGAAACCUGUCCUUAACUACUACCUUGAACCUCAGGGCCCUAACUAACCACAGCUGUUAUUGGAUGACUCAAGACUUUGCACAUAAGGCAUCUGAACAGGAUACAAUUUACAGAAGUCAUGACAUUAAUGUUUAUGGCACUGAAUUAAGCAGCCCAGUGAUAAAACAAGAAUUUUUACAAACAGCAAUCCAGUAAGUUUUAAAAUAACAGAAGCCCUAGUCAAGGUAGAAAGCAGAACCUGUUUGCAGUGCUGCGUGUAUAUGAAAUUUUACUGUCUCAGAUGUAGAGGGUCGGUAUAAUGGGCACUCAUUCCCAUUUUUAUUAUUGACUAGUGGGGCAGUCUAUGCAUGAGGCUAUACUGUUGCAUUACAAAACAGAAGAUCAAACACUCCUCCAAAAAGAGUACUUAUGUAUUUUUUUUUUUAUGGUAACAACGCACAUAAGGCAUUUACAGCCAUAUUUUCUUAAAUUUGGCUACCUUUUUGGGGAAGUUUUUUUUUUCCCCCCAAGAAUCAAGUACUGUUUAAAAUCAAUGGUAACAGAGAAUUUGGCAGUGAAGAAGAUACUGAGAAAACAUAACCUGUAGAAAAAUUGGGACUCAGUCUCUACAAUGGUCUUUUCAUCCAGAAUUGCUACACACUGAGUUUAGUUGGAAAGGGAAUUAUUUGUCUGUGUGCAUUAAAUUCUAUUAUUAAGAUUCAACAGACCCUUGUCACUGACGAAGGCAGAAAGACUUGUGACCUCUUUAAUGAGAUAAAUAUAUAUUUGGCCUUAUAAGCAGGCAGAAAUGCUACCUCUAAUUUUAACGACUAUACUUUGAAACCUGCAAAUAGAGUGAAUUCUCCCAAUUGCAUGGACAUGCCAUCUUUCAGUUGCCUUUGGACACCUAGUCAUUCAACUUUCAUUUCCCCUAGUCCCAAGAUUUGAACUGUCCUGUUGUGCUUGCAAUCUAGAAACUUACAAAGUACAAAAACCACCACCCCUAAGGAUCUGAAGUUCUAAGGCUAAGGAACAAAAGUCUUCUGAAAAUGCAAAACACCUUUCGAGCUCAUGAAGAAAAAUUUAGGUUUUUGAGUAUACUAAUGACUCAGACAAAAGCCUAGACGUUGCCAUUUUUCAUUUUCUAUCUCACAUCAGGCCACUUUUGCUGCAAAGUCAUUUACUAUUUAAAAGAUAUAUUAUGGUGAGAACACAAAAGCCAUAGCCACACUAAAUUUUUCAGCAUACACAGGGAUGUAGACUGUUGAGUUUUCUUAUAAAUAUUUAACCUCAGGUUCUGUGCCUGGGCCCCUAUUUCCCAGGAGUGUAGCAGGGAUGCCUGCCAGAUCCACAUCCCACUAGAAAUCUCAUCUCUGUUGCCACUCUGACAGUAUGGUUUUGUCACCAAGCAUCAACCCCUCGCUCCUGAAUCAUUUUAACAGAGUAUAAGAUCUUACAACAUAGAAUUAUCUUGGAAAUAUGCGCUGUAUUAUAUCAAACCAAAUCAGUGAGUUAGUCAAUAAACCAAGUUGGAGGCAGGCAGGAAAAAGCACCGGAUAAACAAAUUUGUGCUGCAUGUGCUAAUCAUCAAGAUAUAGUUUGGCCUUGAUGACAAAACAGAUGAGAACAUCUUUGAUAGGAUAACUUCUUUCAUACCUUCAUAUCUAAAUACUGGAUUUACUUCAUUUUGAACUUUCACAAACAGUAAAAGAAUGGAAGAUCUAUUUGAGAAGGAAGGAACAUAUAAAACAGAAGACAAAGAAUUAUUAGCUACCGGAAAGGGAAACAUUUGUUCCAACUUACACAUUACAAACACAGAUGAAAUAAUAGUGGCCAAAUUAUACGGGAAAGGAAACCGGGGAAAAAAGGGCCCAAGAAACAGCACUCACAUCAGGCUCCAUCAGACGACACACUGCAAAAACAAGUCUCCAGUGUUCUCGACUAAGGGAAGGGGCACAGUAGCAAGUUCCUUUCUUUACCACACGGACAUGUGCCCAACCACUGAAUCUUUUCCCUUGAGAACAUCCAGGAUAGAGGCAGAUGAGCUGCCACCCAUGUGACAAGGAACCUCAGAUGGCAACUGUAAACGCAGAUUACCAGAGAAGUGUGAACCCCACAACCGUGCUUCACUGCUCCCUUUGCCAGGUAAAGGUCUCUUGUGUGCUCUUACCUUUCAGUUGCAAAGCCUCUGAUCCCAGAGUUCUCAAUUUUCAGUUGCCUUAUCUGUUCUUUGCAAAUGACCUGUGGUCAUUAGCACUCAAAGCACAAUUUAAGGGGAUAAAAAUGAU